CUCAUUGGUACUCAAACCCCUGACCUUCCGGUGUGUAGCAUAGUGCCUCAACCAGCUACGCUGCUGCCUGUAGGAAGUCUGUAAUCUUGAUAAAUUUCCUCACAUUAAUAUUUUCCUCAGCUUAAUAUUCAAAUCCACUGCUCCACAAACAAACCAUAAAAGUCUCAGUAAUGUUGUAUUUCUUUGUAGUUGCAGUGUCCUACAUCCUGCUUAAGUUCACUUUGUAACAGCAUUGGGAACGCCUCUAUGGUCUAGUGGUCAGAGUUCCUGGCUACAGAUCUUGAGGUCCCUGGUUCGAUUCGCGGCACUGCCAGAUUCUCUGAGAAGUAGUGGGUCUGGGAUGUGGUCCACUCAGCCUCUUGAGGAUAAUUGAGGAUCUCUAUUAAGCGAAUAGCACCUCCAGUCUAGAAAAACGAGAUUAAUGGCCUUUGGGAUUCGUUGCGCUGACACCCAUUAUCUGCAAAAGUUGGCACUAACUUCGCUGACAAGCAGCAGUCUCUCAGUCGGUAUAGUUUACUUGCAGAGUACAGGCCACCGAUUAACAAUCAGUGUGUUAAGAUUUUACAACUUUUGUUGUCUCACAUAACUCUCUCUCUCCAGUUACUCUGUAUCAUAAGUGACUGCAAAAUUUUAAUAUUGAACAUACUUCAUUGAGAGAAUUGUGUUUCACGAUCACCAAAGGUGGGCAUUGAUUCACCAAGAGAUGAGCAGUGUAACAAGUGAUUUGCUGCAUGAGUGAAGUAUCUACAUUCUCUCCCCCUGGUGCAGCACAUGAUGGCUGAGCUUUGGAUGACUCAGUGGCCAGACUGAGUAGAUCUCAGCCACAUCCAAGGUUAGAGCAGCACAGUGUAUAAGUCGAGAGUGUUGCUGCUGCUAUGCAGGAAGAAGAGGGGACAUUGUCAUUUUCACAGCCAGCGCACCUUGAUGAUAUGGUGCUGAAUUCACAGCUCCACGCUGCUCAGCCAUGUACACGGACUUCCAGUCAGAAUACUUUCCAAAUCUUGGUGCAACGCAUGACAUGCUUUUGUAUAUGUACAGACUAUAAGGAAACAAUUGAAAAACUAUGCAAAUUACUUGAUAAAUUGAGUUAUACCUGGAGAAUUGCAGCCAAAGUGUUAACGGUUACAACCACAGAUAAAUGUGACGUGAAGCUUCAUACAUUGGCCGAUUUUCGACUCUAAAGGGUGUGGCUUAGGCAGACCUUCCUGCGCAUCAAGGGAACUUUGGAUGAUAGAACUUUGAAGGGGACAGUAACCUGGCCAAAUCCUCCUAAAUUGGAUUCAUACACCAUAUCUUUUUAUCUCACGUAAUAUAAAAAUGAACGUUAUUGUUAGAGAUUAUACAGGGUGUUCAGUCAAGGAGGAUACUUCACAACACCAUUGAUCAGGCCCAAUAUUCCUCACAGAUUGCUGCUGUAACUGUAAGGGUGCACAUUAGCAGCCUCCGUAUUCUAGGGGUAACAUUCCCACCUCAUGACUCAAGGUACGCGGGUUCAAACCCGGCGGAGGUCGUGGAAUUUUU